AUUGAAGUGUCUAGUUCUGUUUGCUCCAGUUCGUACAGACCAUAAGCCGAUACUAUUUGGUACUCAGUGACCAGGACUGGAUAGACGAUUUCUUAAAGCUACACAUAAAAGUUAUGUAUCUUAUAACCAUGUUAGGCCUACGAGCUCUUCACAUUAUUUUUCUAUUUCAUAUACACACCUUUGGUACUUUCGGGUUGCUUAAGACACAGGAAAACAAUUUUGUCCUGGUCACAGAAGACAAUGCUGAUGUCGUUCCUAUCGAUGUGUCUGUCGAGUGCACGGAGCCACUUUGUUGCGCGAUGUUCUGUCAGAAGAACUUGCAAUGUUUUAGCUUCAGCUUCAAUGAGGUCACGUCAGAGUGCACUUUGGGUUCAUGGGUCUAUCCUUCUAGUGGCGGCAAUCCGCGAUCAAGUAAUGAGGUCAUCUACACCUCAGCAGCCCCCUGUUAUCCAUCUAGCAACACUUCCUCGAAUCAGACAUUUCUAUCCAAUGGAACCGAGAGUGUCUGUGUUUGGAUCUCAUCCGAUUGGACAAAUUAUACUCAGUCGGCAGCAUUUUGUAGAGGUAUAGGAAUGAGCUUGUAUACUCCGAAAUCACUGCCCAAACUCUACAUAAUUAAAACCGUUGCUGAGACGUUGCAAGAAGAUGUCUGGGUUGGACUUAAUGACGUCUCGUCUGAGAACAAUUUUGUGUGGGAGGACGAUCAAUCCUCAUUGAACUUAACAUUAAGAACGCUACUGUUUGCUCCAGGUCAACCAAAUACCAACUCUACCCAAGAAGACUGUGUCACCUACAGCCUGACUCAAGCACCACUUAAUGAUAUAGUCUGUUCAUACAACCGAACCUACGUCUGCGAGAGAAAACUAACCAAAACUAAAUUUUAACUCAAUGCAAAGUUAUUCUUAGAAAGCCUUAAUGGUUAAACGUAAAGCGAAAAAUAGAUUUUCGCAAUUGGGUUAACAAUGUAAAACCAACAUUGUACACAAAAUAUUUAUUUCUAAAUUUGUAUAUUUUGCUACUCGACAUUCAGAUAGAUAGAUAAAUAGACAGACAGACAGAUAGAUAAAUAGACAGACAGACAGACAGAUAGACAGACAGAUAGAUUCCACCCAAAAAAAAAAUCCGAUUAAGGUACUUUUAUAUAUUAAUUAAAACCUUUGUAUAA